AAUAGUAUUACACAUUCUCGAGGAAUUGGUAAAUGUUUACCACAUUUUUUUUCAACAGACUCAUUCACAUUGACUUUACGGUUUAUUUAACUGAUAUGAUUGUUUAGUUUAAUUCGUGCAUUCAGCGAGAGUGGUCAGUAUGUAUAUCAUUCGAAAGAAUAAUUUGUCUUUAAUUAAAUCCAGACUAUUUUCAUCUGUGCAAAUUUCAAAGGCAAACAUCCUGCAAUUUGAUGAUGAGGGAAUUGAGAAGAGCUGGCGGGGUGCAAAGGAUUACGAAAGUAUUCCUGGACCAACAGCAUUUAAUCUCAUGAGGAGCUUCUUGCCAGGAGGACAAUUCCACUCAAUGCAAUUUACGGAAAUUCAUCAAGUUCUCACGCGAAAAUAUGGACCAAUUUACAAACUCUGCGGAUCAUUUGGCAGGAAUGAUAUUGUUGUUGUGACUGAUCCUAAAGAUUUUGAGGUGGUUUUUCGAACUGAAGGAUCUUUCCCUGUGAGACGUGGCCUUGACACCCUUGCGUACUACCGUAGAUACAUAAGAAAGGAUACUUUCCCCACCAGCAUUGGUUUGGUUAACGAACAAGGGCAGAGAUGGUGGAAUUUAAGGCAUAAAGUUAAUGAUGUAAUGAUGAAACCACAAAUUACCAAAGGCUACACAACAGCUGUUGAUGAAGUUAGCAAGGAUUUUGUUAAGAAGCUACACAAUAUGAGGGAUGAAAAUUUGGAAACUCCUCCGGAUUUAUUUUACCAACUAAAUAUUUGGGCUUUAGAAUCAAUUGCCAAUGUGAUGUUAAACACAAGACUUGGUUUAUUAAACGAGAAGCCAAAUGAAAAUCUUGGGCUGUUAAUGGAAAAUGUUAAGGAUUUCUUUCAACUAAUGUUUGAACUUGAUAUACAACCAUCUGUGUGGAAAUACUACAAAACAGCCAAAUUUAAUCGUUUUGUACAAAUUAUGGAUGAAUUGCAUGGAAUGAUAGGAAAUUACGUGGAGAAAGGAAUUAAAAAUUUACAAGAAACCAACACUAAUCAGCAAGGAAAUUCAAGAGAGAAAGGAGUCCUUGAAAAACUCUAUGAAAUUGACAAAGAUGUUGCUAUUCUCAUGGCAUUGGAUGCCUUGUUAGCUGGAGUUGAUACUUCAUCUUCAGGGUCAUUCUCGAUCCUCUACAAUUUGGCUAAAAACCCAGAGAAACAGAACAUCCUCAGGGAGGAAUUGCUGAAGAUUCUUCCGGAAAAGGACUCCCCAUUAACAGCGGAAAAUAUGAGAGAAAUGCCAUAUUUGAGGGCUUGCAUCAAGGAAGCAUUUAGAAUGAUGCCCGUUGUGAGUGGAAACUUCCGGGGAACUGGUCGGGAUAUUGUCCUGCGAGGAUAUCAAAUUCCACGGGAUACCGACGUCUAUAUGCCCAAUAAAGCCGUUCAUAUGAAUGAUCACUACUUCCCCGAAGCUGAAUCGUUCAUCCCUGAACGUUGGCUGAGGUCACAGGAGAAACAUGAGAACUACAACCCCUUCACGUAUCUCCCAUUUGGCUAUGGAAUUCGUGCUUGUAUCGGUCGUAGAUUUGCUGAACUCGAAAUGGAAGCUCUAGUGUCACGAUUAGUGAGGAAUUAUCAUCUUGAGUGGCACUAUCCACCCCCGGGAAUUCAAUCAAUGACCAUCAACAUACCAAUGGGGGACCUAAAGUUGCGUCUUAAGGAGUAUCACAUAAUUGAAGAAUUGUUUGAAGAAAGUUUAAAAAAAUUAAAUAAUCAACACUUUGGAGGUGAAGACAGCAAAAUUCAGAAGUGUGUCUUCGAAAAAUUAUUAAAAAUCGAUCAGAGAGUAGCUAAGCUUAUGAUAUUUGACUUAAUUUUAACUGGUAUUGAUACAACUUCAUCAAGUACAUUGGCACUACUGUAUUACUUAGCUAAAAACCCAGAGAAGCAGGAAAUUCUCAGAAAAGAAUUGCUGAAAGUUCUCCCUAAAAAGGACUCUCUAUUAACAGAAGAAAAUAUGAAAAAUCUACCAUAUUUGCGAGCAUGCAUAAAAGAAUCAGUGAGAAUGAUGCCAGUACUGAGUGGACAAAUGAGAGCACCUAUUCGGAAUAUUGUCCUUAGUGGAUACCAAAUACCCAAAAAUACCGACGUCUUCAUGCCAAAUGAAACGCUUUACAGGAAAGAAUGCUACUUUACAGAACCAAAUUCUUUUAUUCCGGAACGAUGGUUAAGAGAAUCGGAAAAAUGUGUGAAAAUCAACCCCUAUGUAUACCUCCCAUUUGGAUAUGGACGUCGUAUUUGUGUUGGACGAAGAAUUGCACAGCUUGAGAUGGAAACUCUCACUUCACGCUUAAUUAGGAAUUUUUACCUUGAGUGGCAUCAUCCACCACCGAAGAUUCGUUCAACAACAGCAACUGCAACGGAAUUUGAUGAUGAAGCAAGUCGAGAGAGUUGGAAGGCAGCAAAGCCCUACGAGAGUAUUCCUGGACCAACAACGUACGGACUCAUCAGGGGAUUCCUUGCUGGUGGACAGUACAGUGGUGUAUCAAUGUCGGAGGUUCACAAAAAAAUGAGGAAUCUCUAUGGGCCAAUUUACAGACUGAAAGGAACUUUUGGGAAGGGUGAUAUUGUUUUAGUGUUCGAUCCCAAAGAUUUUGAAGUGGUUUACCGCACAGAAGGAACUUUUCCCAUAAGGAGAGGCCUUGACAGCCUUACGUACUACCGAAAGGUGUACAGAAAGGAUAAAUAUCCCAUUUCUCAUGGCCUAGUUAUUGAACAAGGACAAGGAUGGUGGGAUCUCAGGCAAAAAGUCAAUGGUGUUAUGAUGAAGCCACAAGUUACAAAAGGUUACACUUCGGCUGUUGAUGAAGUCAGUUCGGAUUUUGUUAAAAAGCUACAUACACUGAGGGAUACAAAUCUUGAGACACCACCCAAUUUCCUUCUGCAUCUCAAUCUGUGGACAUUGGAAUCAAUUGCGUACAUCACCAUGAAUAUGCGAUUAGGCCUCCUUGGAGAGAAGCCCGAUGAGAGUGUUGAAAAACUGAUUCCGUCUAUUUGGAAAUUCUACAAGACACCCAAAUUCAAUCGUUUCAUGGAGAUUAUGGAUUACAUGCAUGAAGUCAUUGGAAAAUUUGUAGACAAAGGACUCGAGAACUUGAAAGAAAAUGCCGCAAAAGGCAAUAGCACCGAUCGUGAUAAAAGCACUUCCUCAGCUACCUUUAUGGUCCUCUACAACUUGGCUAAAAAUCCAGAGAAGCAAAAUAUCCUCAGGGAAGAACUGCUGAAGAUCCUUCCGGAUAAGGACUCUCCAUUAACAGUAGAUAACAUGAGAAACAUGCCCUACUUGAGAGCCUCCAUCAAGGAGGCAUUAAGAGUGACACCAGUAACAGUCGGAAAUAUUAGAUCAACGGGCAAGGAUAUUAUUCUGAAAGGAUACCAAAUUCCUAAACACACGGAUGUAUUUAUGAAUAGCUCGAUGAUCUACACGGACGAACACUACUUCCCUGAUGCAAAAACCUUCCUCCCUGAACGAUGGCUUAGGUCACAGGAGAAGCAUGAGAACUACAACCCCUUCACGUAUCUUCCAUUUGGAUUUGGGCAUCGCAACUGUAUAGGACGGAGAUUUGCUGAAAUGGAAAUUGAAUCCUUAACAUCGCGCCUUGUGAGAAAUUAUCAUCUUGAGUGGCAUGGCCCCCCUCCAGACAUUCGUUUAUCAACAAUUAAUACCCCUCAUGGAGAUCUCAAAAUGACAUUGAGGGAUUACUAAUAAGUCUUCAGCUGACUUUAACAACAAAUUACUAUUUUA